AUGUCAGACUCAAUUGAAAAGAAAGAGUCUUCCCUGCCUCAUCAGCAAAGACAAAGCGUCGACCAUGGAGAAAUCAUCAACACCAUUCUAUCCAACAGAUUGACUCAACAACCAACAAAUGUGAGAAACUUGGACGCAAUAGCAAUGAGCAAUGGAGCUGCAACGAACGAAAAAGAGGCCGCCAGGUUGUUGCAGGAAGCUCAAGCAAACUUGGAGUUUUCAACUGAUACUGGGUAUGCACCCGAGUUGAGAAGAAAUUUCAGCUUGAUUUCGUUGUUGGGGGUUGGAUUUGGUAUCACAAACUCUUGGUUUGGUAUCAGUGGUUCAUUGAUUGCUGGGAUCAACUCUGGUGGACCCAUGAUGAUCAUUUACGGUAUCAUCAUCGUGGCAAGCACGGCCAUGUGCAUCGCAGUCACUUUGAGCGAGUUGGCAUCAGCUUACCCCAACGCUUCAGGUCAAAUAUACUGGACAAUGAAAUUGGCACCACACAGAUACUCUCGUGUGUUGGCCUACACCACGGGUAUAUUAUCAUGGGUAGGAUCCGUCUUCACGUCAGCCAGUGUCACAAUCACCAUAGCCACAGCGAUUACCGGAAUGUAUGCCCUAUUUCAUCCCGAAACAACAGUACAGAGAUGGCAAGUGUUUAUCGUUUACGAAGUAUUCAAUAUCCUCAUGGCGUUUUGCAACAUUUAUGAAGGACCCUUGCCAGCAAUCUGCUCGGGAACGUUGUACAUUUCCCUUGCUUCAUUUAUUAUCAUCAUCAUCACCGUGUUGGCCAUGUACAAGGGAGAAUUUGCCACUGCCAAAUUUGUCUUUGUUGAAUUCAAUAACGGUACCGGAUGGAACUCAGCUGGAAUUGCCUUCAUUGUCGGACUCAUUAAUCCAAACUGGAGUUUUUCAUGUCUUGACGCAGCAACCCACAUUGCUGAAGAAUCAUUGAACCCAGCAGUCCAAAUCCCACAAGCCAUAAUCGGCACAGUAAUCGUUGGGUUCAUCACUGCGUUUUCCUACUGCAUUGCCAUCUUCUUUUGCAUUCGAAACUUGGACGACAUAUUGUCCUCAAACACCGGUGUCCCCAUCAUGGACAUCUUCCAUCAAGCCACCGAGUCCAAAGCAGCCGCAUUGGGCUUGGAGAUCUUGAUCUUGCUCACCGCCAUUGGAUGCAACAUCGGGUGUCAUACGUGGCAAGCGAGGAUAUGUUGGAGUUUCUCCAGAGAUAACGGGUUGCCCUUAUCGAAAUACUGGGCCAAAAUCAACCCCAAUACCGGCACCAUGGUGAAUGCGCACAUCAUGUCGUGUUUCUGGGUCGCGGUUAUUGGAUGCAUCUACUUGGGCUCGUCAACAGCAUUCAACUCCAUCCUCGUGUCGUGUGUCGUGUUCCUCUUGUUGUCAUACAUGAUCCCUACCGUAUGUCUCAUUUUCAAAAGAAAUGAAAUCAAGCAUGGACCGUUUUGGUUGAAUAGGUUUGGUAUUGGGUUGAUUUGCAAUGUGGUGCUUGUGGCAUGGGCGAUUUUCGCCACUGUGUUUUACAACUUUCCUUCAGUCAUGCCUGUCACUGGUGGCAAUAUGAAUUAUUCGUCGGCGGUGUUUGGAGUGGUGUUUAUCAUAUGUUUUUGUGAUUGGAUGAUUAGGGGGAGGAAAGAGUAUGUGGAUAUUGAAGAAAGAGAACAACACAAGGAUGAUUUGGUGUAUGAGUUGUCGAAUCAAGUUUCGAACAUCGAGGUGAUGAUGUCGCAUCAACAUGAUAAAUCAUGA